UCAAUACUGACUACACUAUUUACGUUCCACCACAUCCUCAGCAGGCAAACUUCGGCCCGUGUGUUUGGCAGCGUGUUUAAUUUUUCUUUCAUGAAGAUUUGACGAUCUGAUCAGUCAUGGAUGGAGAUGUGCUGUCUCUGUCGUCCUCCUCAUCGUUGUCAUCCUCAGCAGCGGCAGAAACACAGAAAGAUACUUCACCAAAGAGUGACAGCAGCCUCGCUCAGAGCCAACAGGAUCGCAGAUCAACUCAAGAAUUAUGGGUAGAGGAUGCGAAUCCCGUGGGUGGCAGGCUGCUGUCCACAGAGGAGCAGGUCACUCUGAUCACAGAGAGUAUGACUGUCACCUCCACUGACCAAGAGAAACUGCUGCUGCUCAACAAGAACACUGAGCUGCGCAGAGUCAACAAAGAGCUCAUGAAGCUGAAUGAGGAGUGGGACCAGGUGUACCGCACGGCCACGCUGGGUCUUCAGCACAGACUGGAGGCGUUGGAGCUCGAGAACACUGCCAUCAAACAGCUCAACAGCAGACUGCUGCUCAAAGUCGAGCACCAGCAGAGUGCAAAGGAGUACUAUGAGCAGGCGUUGAUGCAGGAGCUGAAGAAGAACCAGGAGCUGCAAGAAUACAUCAGACUGAUGGAAAGCAAGAUGCACCAGCCAGACAGAAACUGCACACCUGCCAAACAGGGCAGCUUCAGUGCUUUGACACACGGCUCUGUGUCGGGCCCCACCACUGAUCCUACCAAAGGUCCCAGCCUGUCCUACAGUCGCAACUCUGGAUACAACCCCUCAUCCUCCCUUUUUCCAGAUUCUUCCAGACUGGAGGCAGAGCAGCCAGUAAAAAGCCAGAGGAGCAGUACCUCACUGGGAGCACUGGGAGACUCCCAGCAAGAGGUGCAGGAUCUAAAAGAGCAGCUGAAGACUCUGCAGUGUCAGACCCAGAUUUAUGAGGCAGAAUAUCAGACAGAGCAUAACGACCACAAGCACACACUGCAGGAGAACCGCAGGCUGAGGAAGAAGCGGGAGGAGAUGCGCCAACAGGUGGCACUACUGCAAGAGCAGCUGAAGGUUUACGAGGAUGACUUCCGACGGGAGCGGUCUGACAAACAGAUGCUGCAGCGGCUGUUGUUGAAGAAGACGCCUCCAAGCAAGGACCCUGUGCUCGUCCACCGCUGCAACAAUGAGCAGCAGCCACCAGGGGGAGACAAGAGGACACAGAGUGGAGAGAAAAGGAAACAGCACCACCCACUCUGCCCCAAGCACCCCAACAGGGACAAAGAGUCAAAUUGAGGGCUGGAGAACAACAACAAACACACAUUUGUACAUGGUUAAUUCAAUUUUAAUUAUAUAAGUUUAGCACUCCAUUUUUUUUUUAUCAUCCCUCACACUCACUGACAGCACUUUUAUCUGAUUAAUGUAGACAAAUUAACGUUAAUGUUUCUGGAAAUAGACCAAGAUGAGCAAAUUUGUGGUCACAUGUAUUGUUUACUCUUUUUAGGGUUCUGCUUUAUAAUGAAGAAGUCUUACAAUUAUAUUGUAGAUUAAAGUCUGCAAUGUUUUUGUGUAUAUUAAUCAUUAUAACAGAAACAGUUGGCGAGUUUGGUAAAUAUAUAUACUACUUUAUAACUAUUUAUAUUUAAUAUAUCUUUCCAAUAACUUUCCUUAUAGUUAAUGUUUUGUUUACUCUGACUUUUAUUACUAUCAAAGCUACUGAAAAUAGUCCAAAUAAUAAAAU